GAAUAGAUUUUUGGUUUCAAUAUUAAGGUUAAUUUUGUACGGUGAUUUUGGGGUUACCUAAGAGAUUGGCUGUACUGAUAUACAAAAGUCUCAAAAACGUUCUCAUCAAUUAUUUGGGCCAUUAAUAUUAAGAUAAUAAAUGAAUGGUAACAUGUAAUUUAUUAACCUCUUAGUUCCUAUAUAUGUAAAGCUAAAAUUUAAAACAAAUGUAUAUAGGCAGUAAAUAAUUUAUUAUUUUACAAAGAAUUUAUAAAUGUGUAGGCUUCGGAAUCAAGUUCCGAAAAUCAACGCUAAGUGACCUACGCUAAUUUGACGCACAAAGAACAGCCAAAAAAUAGAAUGAUUAAGGUUCUCGUGAGAAUUAGUUUUGUGUUGUACUUUUACCAUACCUUUGGAUUUAUGCGAAAAUUGUCCGCACCAAAUGUGCUUUUAGUAUUAAGUGAUGAUCAGGAUGUAGAACUACACGGUCUGUAUCCACUACAGCAAACUUUGAAACAUUAUAGCAAGUAUGGCACAAAAUUUACCAAUGCCUUUACUAGUACGCCGAUUUGUUGUCCCGCGCGAGCAAGCCUAUUAACUGGACAGUAUGCACACAACCAUAGGACAAUCAAUAAUUCAUUAAGUGGUGGCUGCAAUGGCCUUUACUGGCGUACAAUGUUCGAGCCACGCUCGUUGCCUAUGCUAUUACAGAAGCAUGGCUAUCAAACAUUCUUUGCUGGCAAAUAUUUAAACCAAUUUAAAGGCGCUGAAGUUCCACAUGGCUGGGAUGAGUUUUAUGGCCUCCACGGGAAUUCGCGUUAUUAUAACUAUACACUGCGUGAAAACACAAAAAAUGUGAGCUUUACGGAUAUAUAUUUGACAGACCUGUUGAGGGACAAAGCGGCGGAAUUUAUUCGUAAUUCAACAAGGAAUCGUCAUUCGAAACCAUUUUUUGCAAUGGUAUCUCCCCCAGCCGCUCACGAACCGUUCACACCAGCCCCGCGUCAUGAAGGGGUAUUUUCUCAAGUGCGAGCGUUACGCACUCCUAGCUUUAACGCUCCCGAUAAGAAUAAACAUUGGUUGGUCAGAUCAGCUCAGCAUUUGUCAAAUGACUCGGUCUUCACAAUAGAUAAGUAUUUUCAGAGGCGGUGGGAAACGCUGCUAGCGGUUGAUGAAAUGAUGGUGACUUUGGUAACAGUGCUUAAUGAAACCCAAUGCCUUGACAAUACUUACAUCAUCUUCACUUCUGAUAAUGGUUACCACUUAGGACAAUUUGCGCAGCCUUUUGAUAAACGACAACCUUAUGAUACUGACAUCAAAGUUCCAUUACUUAUCCGUGGACCAGGCGUACCAGCCGGCCGCUUGAUGGACAUGCCCGUCAGUUUGGUAGACCUAACGCCUACCAUACUGGAAUGGGUUGGUUUGUCGGUCCCAAAUUAUAUAGAUGGUCGCUCUUUUAAAAGUGAGUUGCUAAAGGAGCAACAGAAAAAUAAAAAGCUGCAAUUUUCCAAACAACGUGUAUUGCUCAUUGAGUAUUGGGGUGAAGGAAACGACGAUACAUAUAAUCCGGCUUGCCCAGGACAUCGUACUGACCAUUUAGCGCAAUGUACUUUGGAUGCAGAUUGUCAUUGCCAAGAUUCAUGGAACAAUACAUACACGUGUAUUCGUGAUUUUCGGUACAACCUCGAUCGCAUCUAUUGUGAGUUCCGGGAUACUGAGAAUUUUCUUGAGGCAUACGAUUUGCACCAAGACCCCUAUCAGUUACAAAAUAUCGUUUACGAACUUCUUCCUAUGGAACGAGCUCUAUAUGGACUGUUACUUCAAAACCUUACGAAAUGUACUGGCAGAACGUGCAAUAUUUGAUUUGUUCAAAGAACAGCGCAUAUUUUUCUAAAUAAAAGUCAAUAUCAACUGAUUACAA